AUGGAUUCCGCCUACGACCACAUCCAGGAGGAGAGCUACCCGCAGGACCCCACCAAGCAGUCGUCCGCCAGCGGAGAUAACACCCACCAGGAGACAGCCAACAACUUCAACGCCGAGUUCCAAGAUGCUUAUAAAGCCAUAUCGAGCAGCCCUUGGGCUGCGCGCUUGGGAGGGUUCCUGGGUAACGUGAGGAAGCAGGGCGAGCAAUACUACGACAAUGCGAGCAAGCAAUAUGCGCCAUUGACCAAGAACGCUCAGGCUAGUGUUUCCAACAUCAUCAGUCACGCGCGAAAGAUUUCCCUCCAGCCCGGCGACGCUUCAACCUCCAAAUCCGCAUCCACCGACAAGGACGCUUUUGCCGAGAAGGCAAAGGAAGACACGGAAGCCCACCCCGACCGUCCUGAGUCCCUUGCCGCAGACAUUGUAAAGGAAGCAGAAGGCAUACUAUCACGCUUCCGCUCCGAAGCUGCUAAAAGGCUCAAAGACGUCGAAAAGGCAGAAGACGCCGCCGACGAGGCACUCCUCAAAUUCGGCAGCAAUAUCCGCAACUUCCUCCGCGACGCUGUCACCAUCGCGCCUCCCGAAGCGGGCUCUGAGGCUGACAAGAACGGCGACGUACUCUUCGAGUCCAAGGAUAGCAGCGGCAAGAAGGUUGUUCAUGCGACACGCUUCGACGCACAGCUCCAUGUUAUCCACUCGACGCUCGACUCUUUCCUCAAGGAUCCUGCGAGCCCGGAGUGGGAGAAGUGGAAGGUAGCGUUUGAUGUGGACAAGAAGACUGAGGCUAUUGCCAAGGAUCUCGAGAAGCAUGAGGAGCUGAGGAGUGCAAUGGAGAAGUGUGUUCCGGAGAAGGUCGAAUACAAGGUCUUUUGGUGCAGAUACUACUUCCUCCGUCAUGUCAUUGAGAGUGAGGAGCAGAGGAGGAGGGAAAUGCUCAAGGCAUCUACACCCGCCGCCGACGAAGAGGUAGCCUGGGAUGAAGACUCCGAGGAGGAAGAAGAGGAAGAGGAAUCAGAUGAUGACGAGGAGGAGGAUGACGAAGAAGAAUCUUCCUCGGAAGAAGACUCUGAUGACGAUUCUGACGACGAUAACGCUACUGUUACAAAGCCCUCUACCACAAAACCCACCCCGGCACCCAAAACAAGCACACCCAAGCCAACCGACCUGACCGCCUCUGUCAACACUCUCAAACCUACCGAAGAAACCAGCAAACCUGCCACAACACCUGCAGCUUCAGCACAACCCCGUCGAUCAAACGAUGAGAAGAGCGUGGCCGAUAGCGAUGCCAGUUAUGAUGUAGUCUCUGGAACGACAACAAGGACGCCAAGUGUAGGAGAUGGAAAGAAGAAAGUUGUGGCUGAGGAGAGUGACGAAGAGGAAGAUUGGGAAUAA